AGCCGCCGGGGCGGGGCAGCAGCAGUUCUUUCGGGCCUGUCUUGACGCGCAGAAGGAGUCGGAAGCCGCCGCUGUUCGGAGAGUCCCAGCGCCAGAGCCGCCUCGCACCGCCGCCGCCUCCUCCUCUUCCUUCUCCCUUCCUCGCCUCCGGGACCAUGGCAUCUGGCGUCGCUGUUUCCGAUGCAGUUAUCAAGGUUUUCAAUGACAUGAAGGUGCGCAAGGCAUCUACCCCGGAGGAGGUGAAGAAGCGCAAGAAGGCAGUCCUUUUCUGCCUGAGUGAUGACAAGAAGACUAUCAUCCUGGAGGAGGGGAAGGAGAUCCUGGUGGGAGAUGUGGGCGAUACCAUUGAAGACCCCUACCUGCACUUCGUCAAGAUGUUGCCUGACCGCGACUGCCGCUAUGCCCUCUACGAUGCCACCUAUGAGACCAAGGAGAGCAAAAAGGAGGACCUUGUCUUCAUCUUCUGGGCGCCUGAGUCUGCCCCUCUGAAGAGUAAAAUGAUCUAUGCGAGUUCUAAGGAUGGCAUCAAGAAGAAACUGACAGGGAUCAAGCACGAGAUGCAAGCAAACUGCAUGGAGGAAGUGAAGGACCGCUGCACCCUGGCGGAGAAAUUGGGCGGCAACGCCGUCAUCAGUUUGGAGGGCAAGCCCUUGUGAGCCUCCCCUUCCCCCUGUCGUGCCAGCGUCUCCGGAGCUUCCAUGUUAAUGGCCCUGUGCUACCGUUUGGGGUUUGGUGGGUGGGAUGUGGGGUGGGUUUUCCUUUUUAGUUACAUUCCGGUUUUUCUGCCUUCUCAUCUUUGCCCCCUCUGGUGCUCCCCUCCUGUUUAAAUAAAACACAUAAGAAGCGGUUGCCCCCCAACUUCGCAGCUGCUGUUGAAACUUGCCAAACCAGCUACAGCUCCUUCCCUCACUUUUCCAAGCCCAGCCUUCGAGGCGAUAUUCCUUUGGGGGCUCCCACUCCUUGGCUGCCUCCUUUCUCCUGUGGGACCAUCUGCUUCUUCCAUUCCAGCUGCGGGACCAUUCCUCAGCAGGGAUCCACUCCUGGCCAAGGCUUGAGCGCGGGGGGGGGUGUUAUUUAAAGGCAGGGGUCAUACAGGGACCCUCUAAUUCCAGAAUUAAUCCACGACUCCCGGCGUGUAGAUUUUUUUUUAUCGGUCUCCCCGUAUGUGUGUUUUUGGAAAACCGUGUGGAAUGGCAGCUGCGUUCCUGGCCCCUUCCCCUCCCUCCCUGUGCCUGACUCCCUUCUUAACUGCCAUAGUGGCUUUGUGCUUGUCUGUAGUACUGUGUAUAAAUGAAAUAUCGUAGAGGAAGUUGCACCCAUCUCGAGGGAGGUGGGGUUAACAAAAACGAAACAAUGGAAGCAGCACCAAUGACCUUCAAUAAAAAAAGAAUAAUAAUAAUAA